CCAACAGUAUCAACACACCAGCAAACAAUAAACAUUCGCUCUUACCGUCAGUCUAAAAUCAAAUUAUUACUGCUCAACUUCUUCUGCCUUACUAUCGAUAAGCAAGCCACAGCACGCCUCAAAAUCUUUGCAUUUAGCGUUAUCCAAUUUCCCCCGUUACAAUCAGCUGUCAGUAGCAUCUGUUGAUACUACUAGCACUCUAAGAUCAUCUAUACGCCAUGAGACCCAUGAAGGAGCCUGCCACCGCGGCGUGGGGUCUUCACAUCAGCGACACCGACGCCGAGAAGCUCAAAGCUGGCUUUCAGCCCCUGGAUCAGGAUGACAAAUGGCACAUCUACGUCUCGACCACAGAACCGGCUACCUCCGUCCACAUUGCUCGAAGUGCUUUCGGCGUGGAGACCUACGUAGUUCAUAUUGCGGAGAAGACAGGCGACGAAGGCAGUAGUGCGGAGAUCGCAUCCAUCACCUGGGAGACGAACAAGGGUGGAAUCCGCAUCUCGGGGGAGCAGGCCAAGAAGGAGGUCGUGAACCUGACCAGAAGCAUUCUGGAGUGCGAUUAUGAGACGCUUCCGUACUAUGAUCCCGUCGAUGUGUGGAAUUAUCCUAAGGCUGUUUUAAGCAAUAAUAUCAAUGGGAAUCACGCCAAUGAGGAGCACUAAUUGGCAGAAGUGGGCUGGAUGAUGGAUCUUUCGGUCGUCUCUGCUUUUCGUCCUCGAUCGAGGUGUGCGGCACGAUACUGUUCAAACUUUAUAGACACCAUAUGGUGGGGAGAAGUUGACCUGUUAAGCACGUAGCAACGGUUGAUCUAGGCUCAGUGGUUCAACUUUAACAAUCGGAGCUCUGGCGUGCUUCGGUUUGAUUAUCAUGCCCUAACUAUUCUUUAUCCACCGCCAAGCUUGGUGAAUGG